AAUCUAUUGAUUAUUGAAUCGUAUGUUUGACUGUUUCACUAAAUUAGUCUUAUGCAUAUUGUAUACUUUUCUGAAUUAAGCACAUAAAAACGCGCACCAUUAGUUCAGAGAUCUUGAAAAUCAUUAUUUUCAAUAAAUUAAAUUUCGAUUAAAACAUAUAAGCCAGUCUCUUAAUUCAUGAUGAACACAAAUAAAGUCUGUGCUUCUUGCUGCGAAGUCGUUUAUCCUCUGGAAUUGAUAAGAUGUUUUGAUCAGGUAUGGCAUAGAAGAUGCUUCCGUUGUCAGCACUGUGGGAUGGCCUUAAGCAUAUGUAACUAUCAUGGUGGGUAUGAUAAGAAGCCAUAUUGUGCAGCACACACUCCAAAGCCAACCUCAUUUACAUUCAUUCCGGAUACACCAGAACUAUUGAGAGUAGCUAACAAUACAAGAAUGUUUAGCAGUGCAAACAGUGUUCGUUCUGGACGAAGCUCUGGAUUUGAUGAACGCUGCUCACCACAAUCAUAUGGACGUAGUGCUUCAUACUACAAUAGUUAUACACCACCACCUACUCGAUUUGGAUUAAGCAAUCAUUGCACUUCACCUCAUACUUUUUCAAAUUCGUCAGGCAUAAAUUCUAGAUCACUGUCAAAUAGUGGUGGAUGUCAUCUUAAAAUCGAUCCAAUCAAUCAUCAUCAUCAUUAUGAUCAAGGGCAUACACCACCGGCAAAUCAUAAUGGACUAAGUCGUUCCGGUUCUUGUCAUUCAGUUAUUAUUACUCCUACAGGUCUUCCUCCUGGAACUAACAAUAACACUGCUGGUGGCAAUGUAGGUUCUACAGAAACUAUUAAUAUACCUAGAGGUUCGACGGUUAACCUAAACUUUCAUGGUCAUACACACCAAAAUUCAGGAUUUGGUGGGCGCAUUCCAACUUGCCGGAUGAAAAAAUAGUCAAAGUGAGAAUUACAGCUUGAAAUGAAAUUCUCAGUGAAUAUUACUCUCCUUUAAACAUUAUUCAAUAAUUAAAAGAAAGGGAAAGUGCUACAUAGUGAACUUAUCUCGAACAUUUUGAGGCUGAUGAGCUACAAAUUAACAGACAUGCAUCGUACUCUGCACUUUUUAAACUUACAAAUUCAUGUUCAGCUUUAUAUCUAUUUAUGAUGCAUAUACUACAAAAUUAUUGAUAUGAAUUUCAUUAUAGAAUCGAACAAUGAAUGAAUGAGCAGUAUAAUUAAAGCAUAUUAUUGUUAUUUUAUAGACUUUUGUAGCACAGUAUGGUUACGAAGCUAGAGAAGACGAUGAAGUGACCUUCAAAUCUGGUGAUAUUAUAGUGAAUGGUGCACCUAUUACCGAAGGUUGGAUGUAUGGUACUGUUCAACGAACUGGGAAAUUUGGAAUGCUUCCAUCGAAUUAUGUUAAACCAUACCGUUAAACAUUUCAAUCACUAUGUUUACUAUUUAUAACUAUGAAUAAGUUUUUUUCUCAUUUUAUUUGUAUUAUUAAUCCAGGUAGCUUUCCUUUAUUUUAUUAUAGUCCUAUAAACGCAUAUCACUAUCAUCAUAACAUAUCAUGAGAAUUCAUUUAAACAAAAAGACCUCUGACAAAAUUCAUUAGGCAAAUAACGUUCCUUUUUUUAUCUUACUCAGAGAUUUCUCAACAUAUUUCAUAAAAUCUUUUCAAAUAAAUCACAUAAACUAUAAACCUUAUGGUUUUUAUCGUAUUGCUAUGACAGCAUUUUCGAAAGUUUAGAGUAUAGGAUAUUAUAGCUUAUAAAUUCCUAUCAAAUAAUCUAUAUUCAUCUUUUAUUUACUUUACAUAUAUAUUUUAAAAAUAAAAAAAUAUAUUCAGUUUAUAUACGGAACAGAAUUCCAAAUAUACAAACAAUUCAAUGACAUUCAUCAAUCACACUAACUUACAUAUCCUUAUUAAACAGUGAAAUUAUAUUCGAUUAACAUUUCGUCUCUUUCAUAAUUAUUUAGCUUUUUAUUAGCUACUUAUAUUUUUUUUCAAAAUAUGCUCUCAUGUCUGUAUGUGUACCAGAGUAACUAUAAUAAUAAUAACAAUAAUUAUUAUUAUUAUCAUUAUUAUUACUAUAGUAACAAUGUUCAACAUAGUUUCAGUUCAGUUAUUACCUGUUUACAUUUUUAUCACUCUUUUAGUGACACAUUCCCAGAUUGUUUCUAAACUUUCUUUUUGAGAAAAAAAAAGUUUGGUUAUUGAUUUUGUAUUGUAUAUCAUUUGUUUGUUUGUUUGUUAUAAUUUAUAAUGAUAAUAUUGAAUUUUUUUUAAAAUAAUUUUAUUAAAUUGACAUAUAUAUUCAUUGAUAUGCAUAUGAUUUGUCUUUAUUGUUCAUUAACUGUCAUUUUAAUAAAGCAUCUAUUCUUAAAUUCCAAAUCAUCAUUUAAAUAAUAAAUCAUUCAAGAGUCAAUAUGCAUUAUAUGCGGUCAUCUUAUAA